AUGUCGUCAGACCAGCGGCUAUGGCACACAGCGGUGCCUCCCCCCAGCUGGAGCAGUCCCACGGCCAGGGUGCCCAGUACUCCCAGCUCCGCCAGCAACCCCGGGUCCCCCAGCUCCACCAGUAACCCCGAGUCCCCCAGCUCUGCCAGUAACCGCAGGUCCCCCAGCUCCGCCAGUAACCCCAGGUCCCCCAGCUCCGCCAGCAACCCCAGGUCCCCCAGCUCCGCCAAUAACCCCAGGUCCCCCAGCUCUGCCAGCAACCCCAGGUCCCCCAGCUCCGCCAGCAACCCCAGGUCCCCCAGCUCAGCCAGCAACCCCAGGUCCCCCAGCACUCCGGGUUCUGAGAGGGUGGCCUCUCCACUAGAGUGCUCCAUCUGCUUCUCCGGCUACGACAACAUCUUCAAGACACCCAAGGAGCUCGCCUGUACCCACGUCUUCUGCCUGGAGUGCCUGGCGAGGUUGGCAGCCGCCCAGCCCACCAGCCGCACUGGCAAUGAGGCCAUGCCCUGCCCCUUCUGCCGGCAGCCCACAGCUGUGCCCCCAGCCGGGGCCCCCGCACUGCGAACCAGUCGCCAGCUGCUAGCCAAGAUGCCAGCCCACCUGCGGCGGGAGGAGCCCGUGUGGCUGGAGGGCACCAAGCUCUGCUGUCGCCCCCUAGCCUCCACGCCCGGCCACACUUCGCCGGGCUUCGUGUGCGUGGAUGUGGCCCUGAGCAAGCCCCCUGAGCCCGUGCCACCCUCGCCCCCACCGGGGCCCGUGAGCCGCCGGGCCCGCCUGGCCCGCUGCUGGGCAAGGUGCAAGGACUGGAGGCGCAUGGCCCUGGUCUCGGCGCUGCUGCUGGUGCUCUUCUGUGUGGUCCUGUGGCCCGUGCAGUGCGCGUUCAAGACGGGGAACCUGCGCUGCUUCCCACGGCCCCCCACGGCAGCUGUCACCGCCACCACCACGCUCCCCCUCGGACCCCUGACUGACAACUAGCCAGCCAGCAGAACAGGAUCUGCACAUAAACCCCAACCGCUAAGACCACUGGUCCAGGAGAGCCCCAACAUCCGUGAGGACCCCUCCUAGGCCUAGGACUUUCUGAGGCCUGGUCGGACAGAACAGACAUGAGGGUUCCCCAAGUCUUCCAGAGACCCGGGCUCCUAGCAGCACCCCAGAGGCCACCCACCCAACCCCAUCCUACCAGUAGGGAAACAGGCCCCGAAGCGCCAGACCAAAGAUGGAAGCCUGAGCCGCCCGCUCCAAGGUCAGCCACCAGCAGGGUGGGUUUAUCUGGCCUGCAGUGUUCACAUUUCACCCCAGGCCCCUUCCCAGGCAGGGCUGGUCCCUUCCUUUGGGUAGGUGGGCGGGGUGCCCAUCCUGCCCCUCUGAGGAAGAAGCCAAGGGCAGCAAGUGGAAGGUGGGCC